AUGAAAUUAAUGCAUGUCAGGGAUCAGGUCGAUUUAUUACCACUUCAACACCCUCUUUUGACUAUGAGUAUUCAAUCCAUCAGCUCAAGUUUGAAAUUACCAAAGAAAAGACCUAUCAACAUCCAACCCACUAAAAAUUCCCAAAAGAAGUUAAAAAAAGCAUCUUACGACGAUUCAUCAAUUAUAAGCUUGGAAGAGACAAAUUUCAAUUGCCCCCAGUGUCAAAUCGAUCUCACUUAUCUUCAAUCAAGUUAUUUUCGACAAAAGCACAUUACUGAUUGCUUUUCAACAACGACAAUCUCUGACUCGACUCAAUCUGUAAUAGACGAGCCACUCACAAUCAAUGCUUACCACGAUAAAAGUUCCUUUGCAAUGGAUCUCCUUUGCUGUACAUUUUGCGCCAAAGACAUAUCAUGGAUGACCAACACUGAAAUUUCACUUCAUUUGGGAACAUGUUUCGAUAGUAUCACACUAGAUAACAAUAGCCGCUGCAAUGGGAGCAAAGCGGAAAGCUCCACAGAUGUGUAUAAAUCUAAUCGUAUUGCUGUUUUGAAUGGCUGUCCUUGUUGCCAUGGCAAGAAUGUUUAUUCUGCAGAAGCUACUUUCAAAGAAAAAGCAAUUCAUAUACAGAAAUGUGCGAGCAGCAGAUCCAUGUCAUUAAUUCAAUUGGAAAAAGCUUGUAAAGAUUAUAUAAUUGGUGAUGCAUACAACCGCACAUCAGAUGAGAUUGAUAGCAUAGACCUAACAAGAGUGGUGAAAAAAGGCAUAGACUGGUCAGACUAUGAAUAUUAUCGAUUAGCUCUAGCAUUAUCAACUCCUGGCUCUACAUACGACAAAGAAAAAUUAAAUUCGCCAUACUCAAAGAAACUGCUGUUUGUAUUUGAGAGAAAUGCAAAGGAGUUGGCAAACAAUGAAACAAUGAAACAAAAAAUCCUAGACGAAUUAAGGCAAAAGUUAUCCCACGAUAUUCAGUCAAUGUGUGAAGAAGUAUUCGAUUGGACCACAAAAAACAAUACAUGGCAGGAGGAUGAUAUUGCUUUUGCAUGUAGUUUUUUUGAGAAAAUAAAGAAAGGCGCCUCGUACACCAUCCAAAAAUUGUUGGGGUUGGACAAUCGCUUUUCUCGAUUAUUUACUCUGCAAUUUAUGCGCUAUAAUUCCUGGGUUAGUGGAGAAGUUUCUAGGAGAAACUCUAUAAUUGACUUGUCUUCAGUAACGUGCGAGGAAAAUGAAGAUAGGCAGAUUGAAUUAUGGGACGAUUGGUCAGAUAUUCAUGGAAAUACCUCAGCAACAUCUUCAGUGGUAGAUUUAACAGAAUGUCCCAACCAUAAAUCCCCUUCAAUUAACACAAUUGAUUUUCACAAUUCAAUUGUUACACAAUACCAUCCAAGCACUCCUACAGAAGCCAACCAAGACACAUCAUCUGUUAACCCUAAUACACCAAACGCGGGAUCAGUUCAAUCAGAUAUGCCGGAUUAUACCAUAUUAACAUUGCCUGAACUAAAGAAUGCUGUAAAAAAAUAUGGGCUCAAGCCUACAAAGAGACAUGACAUGAUCUUACACCUCGAGCAAAUCUGGAAAUCUUCUCGGGAGACUGUCAGGUUGAAUAGUGUCUCAUCUAGUACAUUAUUGGCUUCAGGAGAAAAUAAAGUAAAUAAGGAGAUUUUGGACCAUCUUAAAAAGCAGCCAUUGCUAUGGGAACGUAUCCUUCGCUACGAGAAUGUCACUGUUGAAGAGUGUCACCGCGGAUUGAAAUGCAAGAAAAAACUGGUUCAAGAGUUUCUGGAUGAGAAUGCAUUAUCGUACAAGUCACGCACACUUGCCCGCCAAUAA